GCAGCAAAACUCAAAAAGCUCGACUCGUACGUGAUCUCACCGUACCCAGACUACAAGCGGCCGACGCCCGAGGACUGCAAGCAAGUGGUUGAUCUUCUUUCUGAGCUCCAUGGCGAGAUUGAGAGAUCGGAGUCGAUUGGCAAAGAAGGGCGAGCGGCUAACUGCGGCGAGGUCCCUUCUGUUAUGGAUGCACUCGUUCGAACGGUGCUUUCGCAAAAUACGACCGGCACCAACUCGACCAAGGCAAUGCACAACCUGCAUGAUACUUUUGGAAAGAACAACUGGCAAGCGGUGGACGAGGCGUCCGUGGAAGAUGUUAUUGACGCAAUACGUGUGGCAGGACUUGCACCGACUAAAGCGGCUACCAUCAAAGACGUCGUGGCGACUGCCAAGAAGACGUAUGGGAAGUACAGUCUGGAUCACUUGCAUGAAGCAACGAAUGAGGAUGCGAUGCGGGAGAUGAUUUCAUUCAAGGGUGUUGGCCAAAAGACAGCCUCAUGUGUUUUGCUCUUUUGCAUGAAGCGCGACUCGUUUGCGGUGGACACGCAUGUCUUUCGUCUAGCCAAGAGUCUUGGCUGGGUGCCACAGCGGGCUGGCCGUGAAGAGACCUUUGGGCACCUGGAUAUUAUGAUUCCCGGCAAGUACAAGUACCCACUGCACUGCCUGUUGAUCACACAUGGCAGGAAGUGCGGUCGAUGC